ACGAGUAGGUCUUCUGUCCUAUUAUGUUGAUCGGGACUGCCCUCUCGCCUACGAGGGUGUUCUCCUCCCUUCUCUUCUUCGGGACAAUAUCAUCGAAGCUCGAAGUCCUAAUCGGAAAUCCCUCUCCCGUCUCCCAAGUUUAUUGGAAAACCCUGGUAUCGAAAUUAAUGUUUGGAAGCCUUUCUAGGGUUUCUUCUUCAAUGGGUAAGCUUCACACCUCUAGAUUUGGUUGGCGCAACAGAGGGUUGUUGUUAUCUAUAUGGCUUGUCCUUGAGCUGUUCUUUCUGAAAUAAAAAAGACUGCAUUGGAGAUGAUUUUAUGUAACAUAACCUUAAAAUUGUAGUUUGGGCAAAAAGGAAGAAAGGAAAAUGUAUAGAGGGGGUCUUGAUAGAUUUAAAAAAGCACAAUCUUUGGAGCCAUUCUCGGUUAGCCUUAAUUCAGCUUCUAAAACUGCUUUGGCUUCUAAAGAAGCCCACCCUCCGGUCCAGCCACUGCAGCCACAAAAUUCUCACAUAACCCAUACUCAGCAUCAACAGCAUAUCACGUCGAAACCUACGGGACCUGAUGCAGUAGUUCCAGCUCCGCAGGCCACUCAGGUUGGUGGGGGGCAGUCUACCUGGCAGCCUCCAGACUGGGCUAUAGGACCCCGUCCAGGGAUUUACUAUCUUGAGGUGUUGAAGGAUGGAGAGGUCAUUGAUAAGAUCAAUCUAGAUAAGCGGCGGCAUAUAUUUGGGAGGCAGUUCACAGCGUGUGAUUUCGUGCUAGAUCACCCGUCUGUGUCACGCCAACACGCUGCAGUAGUUCCCCACAAGAAUGGAAGCAUCUUUGUGGUUGAUUUGGGUUCAGCUCAUGGUACAUUUGUUGCAAAUGAGAGACUGACUAAAGAUAAUCCGGUUGAGCUUGAAGUUGGACAGUCGCUACGGUUUGCCGCAUCAACCAGAAGCUACAUCUUAAGAAAAAAUACAGCUGCUCUUUUUCCUACCACGGCAAUUCCUGCAGAAAUUAAUCUACCUUCCUCUCCAGACCCUUCCGAUGAAGAUGCUGUGGCGGCAUAUAAUACAGUACUCAACCGCUAUGGUUGUAUUAGUCAGUUGGACCUCUCAUCCAAGUCUCAAAAUUCAUCAGGCAGUAUGUCUAGUGGAACUGAUGACCACCAUCUGUCAGGAAGGUCUACCAAAAGAAUUAGGAAAGCAAGAGUGGCAUUUAAAGAUCAGGUUGGGGGGGAUCUUGUUGAAGUAGUUGGAAUUUCAGAUGGUGCGGAUGUUGAGACUGAACCUGGCCCUAUUGGUGUAAAAGAAGGCAGUCUUGUUGGGAAAUAUAAAUCUCUUGUACAGAUUACGGUUAUACCAAAAGGAAAGGAGCAGGUAUCUCCAAGGGAAGACAGUACUUCUCCCAAGGGUGUUACUGAUAGGCUACAACAGGUCUUGAACAAAGUCAAAAGCACUACAAAAAGUGGGAUUUAUGAUGAUCUAUAUGGGGAUUCCUUUUCUGGAAAGGUGGGCUCAUCCUGGGCAUACAUGCCAGAUGGGCAGGCAGGUAACACCAAAAGCAUUGAAGAAAAGCCUGCUAGUAUUGCCAGUGAGAAAGACAAUGUUAGUUCAGCAGAUGACAUUGAUGAUCUCUUUGGUGAUUACUGAUGAGUAUAAUAGAUUUCAUUCGCUAAUUUGUUCAUUGAAUGAGUCUCUGAUGAGUUAUGUUUCAAAUGGACAUUUUUGGAGCCCAUGGUGGCUAUGAGUUCUGUGUAACUGAGAAAUUUUGCUGCAGUUUCUUAUGUUGUUUUGCAGGGGGUGACAUACACCCAAAAGGUAUGCCAGAAUUGCCUAAAAUUAUUCUACAAUGAUCUGUUUGGGUUGUUCUACUGAUGAACCUUUACUUCUUUAAGUUUACACUGCCUCUUGUGCAUUGGUUAUGCUUUGUGCCCCUGAUAUCUAGCAUUACCUGAUAAGUAGUUUCAGAUCCUCAUAUACUUCUGACCAUUAUUAUGCCCUCAGGUUUGGCAUUGUAGAAUAGCACUUGUAUAGAGCAGUUAGUAUGACAUUUUUGAUGUUUUCUGUUUUGGUUGAGCUGGAGUAGUUCAGAACAGGACAUGCUUAAUUUUUUUGAGUUUUAUGCCGAGCUGCAGCUCAUAUUGUAAUUAUUAGUUGAUUCUGGUUAUUAAGACUGUGUGUCGAGUUUGAUGUUGAGAAGCUCAGAACCAAAAUACUAUUUCUCACUAGCUGGGUUUGUCUCAGGCUACUAUUCUAAAUUACAACUAAAAUAGCUAAUGGGUCGCUUUAAGUCAUGGUUAUAUGUAACUAGGCAGUAUUUUAUUUGGACUUGGUAGAGAUAAGAAUGUUCUUCUUGGUUUCUAAUCUUGGGAAUGAAGAAAUUGCAAGCAAUCAAGAGGAACAUGAUAAAACUUAGAAUGUUGAGAUGGAUCUGAUAUUAGAGGAGGUGUAGGAACUAUUUAAUUGAAGAUAAAUUUGAUGAAGAAUCGAUCAAAAAGUUAUGGGAAUGUACCACCAAAAUCUAAGGCGCCAACAAUGAGAGGUGCUCAAGCUUGUCCAAAAGGGUCUAAAAAGACGAGAGGAAAUAGAACUUGUGAGAAAGGAUUUGGAAAAGCUUGCAGUAACACAAGCCCGACCCUCAAUAGGAAUGAUCUGCAAAGAGCAAUCAGAAGCCAAUCUCAAAUGUUUGGCAGAAGAUCUGGUGGAUAUGGAUUCGUGGAAAUUACAUGUUUAGUGGAAUAUUAGUGGGAAACCUGUCUCUUUGCCUCCUAGAUUGAAAUGUUUUCACAAACCUUUCUUUGAGGCUGGAUAAAUAGAUGGUUUUAAGUGGAGGGCAACGAACGAGGUACUGCUACAAAAUAUUUUUUGUUGUUUUGGCCAUGUUAGGCAAAAUGGUAGGUUGUUCUACAGUAUUUUUUGUUAAAUUUCAGAGAAAUGGUACGAACAGAUAUGCUCCUCUACUUCAUCUAUCUAGCUUUAUCUCCAAUUCUAAUCAAUAAUAGAUACUAACUAGUGAAAUAAUUUUACCGGAAUACCCUUGAUCGUCAAUUUUGAUCAAGGGCAUUCCUUGUUUCUGUUUCAGUUACGUAUUUGCCAUUCUGCCUUAGCAGAAAGUGAAUUUUAUUGUAAAGUUUGAUCAUUCAUCUAUUUUAUUUGCUCACUUGACUAAAUAUUUGGUGGCUAACUUUGGUUAUUCUGUUCUUUACAUAAUUUUUAUAGACCUGGAGUACACUUAUAUGGUUUCAAUUCAUAGGAUUUGAAGUCAAAUGACUGUACCAUUUUAUAAUGCUCGAGGGUUGAACUGAAGUUUAUUUGGAAGGAGAAUGAAAUGCAUGAUAUGCAGGUAGUAGGUUUCAUGGGAAUCCAGAUUCUUAGGAUAAACCAUCUUAUAUUUGGAAGGAGAAUGAAAUGCAUGAUAUGCAGGUAGUAGGUUUCAUGGGAAUCCAGAUUCUUAGGAUAAACCAUCUUACUCAUUCAAUAUUUUGAUCCCUACAACAUCAUAGGGAUUGUUAUAUAAGAUAUUUUAUGAAACUUUAGUGGCAUGCUGGCUGAAAAACACUCCACUUCCUCCAUUCCGCCUUUAAUUUCUAAAACAUGUCCUCAUCAUCUGUACAUGGUUUUAACAAUGACAUAUCCAAAUCCAAAAUCCAAAAUCCAAAAUUGCUUAUGCUGGAGUAUUCCUUUAUCACCUAUUUCCUCUAAAAUCGCGUUUUUAUUUAUUUUUUGAAAUAAUAUAGCACCAAAUGUUACAUUCUUUAGCUUUGUUUUGGUGUUCCCCAAAUUGUGUAAUCACUGAAGUUUCUUUUCCCCCUAACUUAAAGACUUCGGGAUUGAUCUGGAGCACAUGUUAUUUGAUCUCAAUGGGCAAGAUAAAAAGCUUCCGAUGGUGGUUUGAAUUAUAACUUACCAUGUGACACACUGAUGCUUCUCCCUCCUCACAGUAAGGGGUUUCUUCAAAGCUACACUAGGUUGUAGACAGAUUUGUUCAUUUAUUUUGUUUAUUGAGUUGCACUUUUAGGUCAUAGUGUUUUCCUUUAUCAUCAAAGCACUGGUUAAUAUAAGUCAUGAGUAGUUGAAUGCAAAGCUUCAUUAUUAAAGACCAAAGACCUUAGCAAUCGAGAUAAAAAUAUUUAGAAGUCUUCUUUCAAUAGACCAAGAUGAUGUUGUAGAUUGUGUCCUAAUCCUUACCUGUAAAAUAAUUCAGGAGAAGUCUUCUCGGAAUAUGAGCUAUUCUGGGGUUACAAAAUUCUUUUGAGUAGAAAUAAUUUUAGGGGGUUCAUCAAGCUUUCUUGUUCUUCAUUCUUUGGUAAUUAAACUUAUUAGGCAGCUCUGCCGGAACUUUCCAUGGGCAUACAUUUGCAAGAAAUCAAUCCCUAGUGGAUUGAAAGACUGCUGCGCAAACACUUGAAAUCUUUACUAUUAUGUCAAGCAAAGUUCCUACAAGAUGUCCGGCGAGCUAUGGAUGUUCUACUGCAUGGGGAUAUUUUUGCAUGUUUGUUUCACUGCUGAAUGCACCCCAACUCGGUUUUGUUCUUCUCUCUCUCUUUCUUCAUUUAUCAUCUAACAUAAAUAUGAAAACAUUUUGAUCUUCAUAUCUCAGCUCUUUUUCAUCUGCAUUCUGUGUGACCUUAGUUUCGCUCUCUUCACUCUUUAUUUAAGUCAGGCACAAGAAAAAUGUACAAUAAUUAAGUGGGAUUGCAUUUAUCUUCUAACAUAAAUAUGAAGACAUUUCAAUUUUCAUAUUACAGCUCUUCUAUUGCUUGUGCUCAGUUCCAGACAAACUACAUUCUAGAGAACCGCUUCAAUGUCUGCUGGCUGGCAGCUGCAAUGAUCCUUUUUGAGUCCAAUAAUUUCUCAUUCUACUUAGGCUUUUUAUGAGCAAUGCUGAACUAAAAUGAGCCAGACUAUUCUAGUCAGGCUCCUAAACAUUAUACAUGAUUCAUGUAUAUUAGGUACUGUGACGUUACGUAAUGGAAUUUAAAGUUCUUUUAAAGAUUGAAUGAUUAAUUAUAACAUUAUGACCCUCCUUUUUCUUUCAGAAAGAAUUCAAAUUGUGUCUAUCUUGCCACUUUAACAGAGGAAAAAGAAAUGCUGUAGGACAACUUUUCUUUUUUCUCACUUUCUUUGUUUCUCUUCCCAUACCGCUCAGUCCUUUUUCAGUGAUCAAACUUUGUAGAAGUUAAUUCACAAACUGGAUGCCCCCUCAAAAGCCACAAGGAUUGCUUUUACAGCCAUCCAACUUUCCAGCCAAAACAAGGAGCGUAUCAUCUACAAAAGAGAGGCACUUGAUGCCUUGAAAGAUUCUAUCAUCUCCAAUUCCUUCAAUUAAAUCGAGGGCCCCAGCUUGUUUAAGCAAUCUAGAGAGCAUGUCAGCAGCCAAGAUAAAGUGUGCAGGAGAAAGAGGAUCACCUUGCCUUAGGCCGUGCGGGCAUUUAAUCCAAUUCACUGAUCGACCGUUGACAUUGAGUGCUACCGAAGCAGAGGAAAGGAGACACAAUGAAUCUAACUGACCCAUCUAGAGGGGAAGCCUCUAGUUUGGAGGAUAUUUAACAGGAACUCCCAAUUUAGCUUGUCAAAUGCUUUUUCAAAGUCAAGUUUGCAUGAAAUUCUUUUGUGACCGGUUCUUCUGUAAUAUACCUUUAUUUCAUGAGCACUAAGAAAGUUUUCAAUUAUCAAUCUAUCUUUCACAAAAAUACUCAUUAUAUGAUUUCAAAGCUUUGAGAGAUUCCUCUUUACGAAACAAUCUGGUCAAUAAAGUUGACCAAUUUGAGAAGAUUCAUCGUCGUUUCUUAUGAAAAAAACAGAACUAGAAUCUGUUUGAUAGAACUCCUUUUCUUUUCUGAGAAAUAAAUGGCUUUCACCAUUGUUUACUUUCCCAUAGAACUCCUUUCUGAUAAAUUAACAGCUAUAAAACUUUCUGGCAUUGGUGGUGUUAAAAAUUAUUAACCAUUGCAGACAGAAAACGUGUGCAUGCUUUGUGUAUGUACCUAUAUUGCUAUUGAUUGAUGCUACUGAAUUCUAACUAUUAUUCAAAUUUAGCGAAAGAUAAUGUGACUUGCUAUCAGAAUAAUUAGGGUACUCUAAUUGAAGGUGCAACAUUUUUUCUAGAGCAAUGUUAUGGAUACAUUGCUUUGGAUAAUAAUUAGUUUAUUAUGUUCGACAGAGGCCUGAAUGAUGAAGAAAGAGUUGAAGCUGGCCGACAUUGUCACGCCGGAGAAUCCUUUAAAAGAAUGAUGACAGCGCUACAUCGAUGGUUGGCUCUCUGACCGCCCAUGCUGGAUCUUUUCAUUGCAGGCUUCUUAGAAAUCCUCUCCAUAUCAACAAUAGCCAUUCAGUCAGCUCAGGGCUCUCAGAGUUGGCUGACAAACCGACAUCUAAUGGGAAUGUUGUGGGGAAAAGAUGACCUCAGUUCUCCCUUUAUUGCUGCCUCCUGACAACCACCCUAUGAAAUCACAUGGAAGGACAUGGCUCUCAACAGUCUAUUUCUUUUGUCCAUGUCCUGAAAACUUAAACUUUAGUUCAAGUCUAGCAAGGGCAAGGGCUUCAAUGCUUUUUUUUCUUCUCUUGCACUAUUGCUGGAAAGUUUUGAGUUCUUUUAUUAUCUGUACAUGUGUAUAAAACAACAUUAAGUACAUAUUGAAUGGUUUAUUUGAAUGAAACAUGG